UACACUGGUUUCAGUGUGAGCAUACAGCAGUCUGAAAUGUGAAGGCCCGAAAUGAAUCGGAACGCUUUUAGACACAUUUCUUGCAGUACCGACUUUGGUUUAUUUACUUCAAUACAUAAUGAUCUUUUAGAACUCUAUGGGACUCCUUGGGCGGCAGAACAUGUCCAGAAUUGGUCAGCAAACGUAUAUUUCUCUGCAAGAUACAUAUCUAACUCACAUUUAAGGACCAUGGAUGCAUCAAUGAAGGAGGUAGCUCCUCGCUGUUUGCGGGAUUCGGCAGCUCCGCUGGAGCGGCUGGAGGAGAUGCCAAGCCUUCGACCAGCUUCUCAUUUACCCCUAGAGCCACACUGUUCUCCUUUGGCAAUAUAUAGCCGCCAGCUGCAGCUGCAUAGUCGGCUGGCAAUGCGGAGGACCAGGUUGAAGAGGACCAGCAACCGAAAGUAGAGUUCAAGCAGGUUGUCGAAGAGGAUGCAGUCUACUCAAAACGCUGCAAAGUGUUCGGAAUGAAGGGUGCGGACUAUGCCGAUCGAAGAGUGGGCAUGUUGCAUUUGAAGCCCGUGAAGGACUCGGAGAAGGCGCAGCUGAUUGUGCUUGCCGACAACAAUAUUGGUCAGGUCCUGAUCAAUCUGAUGGUCGGCAAUGGCCUGCCCUGCCAACGCAUGGGCAAAAACAAUGUAAUGAUCAUGAGUCUGCCCAUGCCGGAGGACACCAAAGUGGUGUCGAUUCUGCUGCGCGUUAAAACUGCGGAAGAGGCCGACGAGUUUUUGGCGAAACUACAGGACUAUACCAAGUGAAGAAUCGCACGGCAAAAGCAUGUUAUUUGAUUGUUUAUAAAAUUUACAAUGCUAUGAAAAUAGAACACCAGAA